ACAGCUGCUCACCUGGUCAAGCUGUUGGACUCACCUGUUCAGAUCAAGACAACAUCAGGUUGGUGGGAGAGGCCAGCCGAUGUGCCGGGAGACUGGAGAUGUUACAUCAAGAAGAGUGGAGACCAGUGGCUGUUUGGGAUGGUUACUGGACCCUGAACUCAGCUUCUGCAGUUUGUGCUGAACUGGACUGUGGUUCUGCUGUUUCAGCAAGAAAUUCAAAGGAAGCUUCACAGAGACCAGUUUGGAGGAUCCAGUCUGACUGUUUGCAAUCAGGAUCUGAAUUAAAGAAAUCUUUACCUUAUGAUGGAAACAGUGAUCGAAGCCAUCAGCUCAUCUGCUCAGGUCUGCUGGUUGAGCCGCUCGUCUUUCUCUCUUCCUCCACUGACGGGGUCUCCACAGGCAGAAAGCAGGGGUCUGAGCUCCUCAUUGGCUCACAUUUCAGCAUCAUCUGCUCCAUCAGACCUCAGUAUGAAGGCGGCUCCUUCCAGCUCAUCUUCAGCACCUCUAACUACACUCAGAACCAGACCCUGCCAGCUGUUAAUCACUCCGCCCUCUUCCUGUUCUCUGCUGCUGGCCACGCCCACCAAGGAACCUACCGCUGCGUUUACCACGUCUACGUUUUCUCCUACAACUUCUCCUCUAUCAGCCAGCCUCUCAACCUCACUGUCUCAGUUUCAGCCUCUCCCACUGCUUUGAUCAUCAGACUGGUUGUCGUCCUGCUGGGUUUGCUGGGAUCAGUCCUGCUCCUCUACUUUAAGGCCAGGAGAAACCAGAAGUCUGGACCAGAAAACAACCAUCAUGAUGAAGGAUCCAGAGCUGAAGGCAGCUUAGAGGAGGAGACUGCAGUCUGAAGGAACCAGGAGAAAAUUAUCUUCAUUUCACAUCCGCAGGAAGGAGCAGAGACAUGUUUCAGACUCCUGGAAAUCUAUCCGUCUAUGUAUCUAUGAUAAAAUGUCUCUGUGCUCCUGCAGCAGGAAGGAAGUUCAACAUUCAGAAAUUUGAAUCUUAAGUUAAACUUAUAUAAGAAGGGAACACAAAACAAAACAUUCAACAAACAAAAUAUAACAGAAAACCCACUUCAUCAAAAUCUGAUCUUCAUCAACCUUGCAAGGAUAGCAUAUGAUAGGAUAUUUGGGGUCAAAGGUCAGGUAGCCAAUUCCAUCAGGCCCUGAACCCAGCUUGUGUCCUUGUCUUAGUUGAAUUGUUUUGUGACAAAUAUAAUAUAGUUGAUCCUGGCUUGUAAUACUUUGUCCUGCCUGUAGGUGGUGUAUGUCAUCACUGCCAUGAUAACCCAUCCAAUACAUCCAGUUCCCACAAGUCUGAACCAGAUGUGAUCUGCGCCAUCUUAGUAGGGAAGUGCAUGCACAAUGCAUAGUGGACCCAUGGCUCCGAGACCAACACAAAGAAAACAUGCCGACCCUCUUGACCAAUGUGUGAGAGAGAGAUACAUGAACAAAAUGGCUGCCGUCGAGAUCGGUCCUUAUGAGACGGAGAAGGAAAAUUUAUCAGACGAUGUGAACAAACUGCCUCUGAUCUCCUACUACGAUAAAGUUAACUACGUAGUCAACACGAAGAGUGAUACGCCGUAAACGAGCUUCACUGCCUGAAAUUCAUGGAAGCAUAUAAUUAGUAUUUCAACAGCUUUUUAAAGGAGAGAAAAUCUCUCUGUGUGAAUAAUGAGGUUCUGGUGACUGGCAGACCAAGUACAUGUAGCAACAAACAUGGAGGCUACAUGUCUGCUUAGCUUGCAGAUGGGAUGGAACAUUUUAUAGUUACUAUAAUUAUGAGUGAAUUAAUGCAUAACAGUAAAGCAUGUGAUCAUGGGAAAGUCUUCUGAAGCUGUUUCUCUGAACUCUGUAUUAUUAUAAAGUUGUAAAAUAUUUUCUUUGCAUUCUUAUGACAUGAUUAAAUGUUUAAUCUGCUUUAUGAAAGAAUAUGCAUAUGUUUGCAGUCAGUAUUGUAGCUAAGUAGAUUGUUAAUCUGUGUGAAUAGAAUGAAACCUUUCCUAUAAAACAAUAUGCUGUGUUUUGUUUCUCCAAAUGCUGU